AUGUCAUUCGCGGCGAACAUGUAUUUGUACCUUGCUGAAGGAAUAAUAAUAUGCACAACAAACAGUAUGCUAAUGUGGUGUAUUGUUUCGGACCAACGGAAUCGCCGCCGGCGUGAAUUUAUUCUGGUUGGUGCUCAAGGAAUUGCCGAUUUAUUUUAUGCAAUUGCAUUCAUGAUGAUAGCAAAUUUGCGACUAGGACUAUUCUUUGAAAAUAAAUUGACUAAAACUGUCCCUACUAAUGAAUGCGCUUUUAUACCGGCUCUUUGGCUCCACAACAUCGCCACUCCACUUCUCGGCCUUCUUCCGAUGACUACCUCCUUCAAUUUCCUAUUGUGCUCAGUUGCUCCACUUUGGUAUAUGAGAGCAGGACAUUUGUACACAUUCAUUUUAUUACUGAUACCGUUCACCACUACUCUAAUCUUGGUGGUCGUCAACGCGAUUCUUCUAAUUGAUGUCAAAAUACCAAUAUCGGCACUUUGCAUUGCUGCGAACGGAGCAGCUCAUCACGUUGCCUACAAUGUGAUGCUCUUCUUCAGAAUUGUCGCCAAUCUUGCUUCUGCACUUAUUUAUGCCUUCAUUUUGAUCUACCUCAAAAAAAAUCACGGAGGAUCGUUAAAAGAAUUGUCACCUCAGCAAUUGAAAAUGCAUAGAAAUGCGAAAAUUACUCUCGGUCUUGUUACAACAAAUUCAAUGGUUCUUCUAUUUGCGCCCGAUGUUUUAUUAUUUCUAAAUCCGUUCAAUAUCACCAAAUUCUAUUCGACUCCUUUGUAUUCCAUGACCUUGAGCAAGACAAUGAUAAAUUUCGUAAUCUACAUGUGGCGAUAUCGCGAAUUGCGAAACAUUAUCCUUUCCCGUUUAUUCACUUGCCUUCCUUCGCACCUCAAUGUUCACUUCCAAAAGUACCUAAUGAGCACGCAAGAAGCGUCGAUGGCUCCACGAUCGGCUUUUCAAACGCGAUCUUCAAUACAACAAGAGAAAAUUUCAAUUGCAAAUCGCCGAACGUCGAUCGCUCCUGGAUCAAUAAACCCUCGUCUUCCUCGGCCAAUGGAUCCUAUAGAAGAAUUCGAACGACGCCCCGGAAGGCUGCCGCCAAUCCGAUUGCCGCGAUAA